GUGAAAAUAAUACAAACAAUGAUAAUAAUAGAAAUAAGGUAAAUAUAAAUAAAAAUGAUAAUAAUGAUGAUGGUGUAAAUAAAAAUAAAAAUAAUAUAAAUAAAGAUGAAGAUGAUACAAAUGAAGAUAAUAAUAGAAAUAAGGAUAUAAAUGAAAAUAAUGAUGAUAAUGCGACUGAAAAUAAUGAUGAUGUAAAUAAAGGAGAUCAUAAUAUAAAUAAAGAUAUAAGUGAAAAUAAAAAUGACGAUAAUGAUGAUGAGAUUAAUAUAGAUAAAGAAUAA